CUUGAUCGAAAUUCGAAAGCCUAUAAAUACCGCUGAUCUCACCCCCAAACACCCACACCAUCCAAGUCCAUCUUUGCACAAGACACUAGCUCACUAGUCACUACCAGUCGAUCUACAUUUCUUCGUCAGAGUUUCAGAGACGCCAUGAAGUACAUGGGGCAGCUGGUGGUGGCGCUCCUGGCCUUCUCGGCGGUGGUGCUGAUGGUGGCGCCGGCUGGCGUGGACGCAGCGACGUGUGACGCGCUGCAGCUGAGCCCGUGCGCGGGCGCGAUCGUCGGGAACGCGGCGCCCACGGCGGUGUGCUGCAGCAGGAUGAAGGCGCAGAGGCCGUGCAUGUGCCAGUACGCGCGCGACCCCAACCUGAAGCAGUAUGUCAACUCCCCCAACGGCAAGAAGGUCCUGGCCGCCUGCAAGGUGCCCGUGCCAUCAUGCUAAACUGACGCAUAUAUGAUCGGAGACGAGAGAGCCCAGCCAGCAACUCUCAGCACGCUGCAUGUGUUGAUGUCCAAGUGUUUCGGUUGCCGUGUUUAGCUACCCCGAUGUAUCUGUAUCUGAAAUUCUGAAUAAAUGCAGUAAUAAUAAUGUGUGUUGUUUGAUGUU